AUGCCUCCGCCGCGCCGGACCGUCACGAGCGCGCCGUCCGCGCCCGAGCUUGGCGCCUCCUGUUUGACCGGUGCCAUCGUGAUUGCAGUCACGAACCCGCUCGACUCUGUCAAGCAGCGGUGGCAGAUCCGGCAGUGCAACAGCGCCGCUCUCGGAUCCUUCACGCUGGACAUCGUACGGUCCGAGGGCGUCUGGAGCGGGCUGUGGAAGCCCGGCCUCGCCACCAACAUGCUCGCUUGCAGCAUCUCGGUCGGCACGCGGCUCGGCCUCUACCCAUCGCUGCGCGACGCGCUCAGCCCUGACGGGUCCUCGGGCGGCAGCCGGUUCGCCUCUGGCCUGCUCGGCGGCGCGCUCGGCUACAUCGCCUCUGCGCCUCUCUUUGCCGCCUCUCGCGUCGCUCAGGCCGAGGCGGGCUUGCUCGCUGCCGACGGCGCCUCCUACCUCACGGGCGCGAGGCGAGGGCUCCCUCCGACGGUCGACAGCUUGAGCGGGCUGCCGACGCUGCGGCAGAUGGCGGCGGAGCGCGGCGUGCUCUCGCUCUGGCGCGGCGCCGACGUCCUCGUGGCGCGAGGGGCGCUGCUCUCCGCGACCCAGCUCGCCACGUACGACGCGGCCAAGCGGCGGCUCUGCGCCGCCGGCCUCGCCGACGGCAGCCGCGGCCCCGCGGUGCACUCGGCGGCGUCGCUCGCGGCGAGCCUCGCCCUCACCACCGCCAUCUGCCCCUUUGACGUCACCUACACCGCCUUCACCGCCGGGCCGACGAUCGGCAGGCCGCACGCGAGCCCCGCGGCGGCGGCGAGGGCGCUGCUGCGCGAGGGCGGCCCGGUCGUCUUUCUGCGCGGCUGGCUGCCCCUGUGGGCGCGUUUCCUCCCCUCCAGCGUCCUCACCUUCCACAUCUACGAGCAGACGAGGAGGGCGCUGCUCGGGAGCUACUUGCAGUGA